AUGGAAGGAAGCAGGCCCGACUCUUUUCCAAUUCAGCCUACUCUGGGGAGGCUGCGAAGAAGUAUGAUCCCCAACAUGCUGAAGAUGAAGCCGCGGGUGCGUGCGGUGAAGGUCACACAGAAACGUGUUGACUCCAGAAGGCUCACAAGUUGCAUAUUCCAGAGGCCAGUCACCCGUGUCACUGCCCACCCAGGCAACAAGGUCCGACGGUUGGUGAAAGCAGAUACCCUGCAGAAGCCACAGCAGAGGUGUGCACUCCAGAGGCUGCAGGGACUCCAGGCCUGCAGCAGUGAGGGACAGCUACUGAGCCCCUUGGACUUUGCCAACGCCAUCCAAAUGCCUACGCACAGAAUCCCAGGCACGUCAGCAGUGUCCGCUGGGGCUGGGUAUCAGAAGAGCAGGCCUAAGUGCACCUCUAGCCCAGCCACAGAUUGGUCCAUGUUUGUUCCCCUGGUGGAUAUGGGUCUGUCCCAGCAGUUUUCCAGGGGGCUGGUGACUCCUGGAGACAUCCAGCGGCAGGCCUGGAAGGUGAAGAAGGCAAGGAGGAGGCUGGCCCAGGCCUUGCAGGCAGACAAGAUCAUGAGAGAAGAAGAGUGUGCUGCAGGAAGACCACAUGCAGAGCCAGUGGAGAAGGAGGAGAUGGAGGAGAUG